AUGGAGGAGGAACAGGCUGCCGCGAAUUCCUGCCUGCGAAUUCCUGGCCCCGCUGCAGAAUUCGCGAAGUGCGAAUUCUGCAGCAGUGCCCUGGCCGACCUCCCGACUGGAAGCGAGUGCCGCCCGUGCGGAGGAGGGUUCGACAUCAGGGAUUUCCUCAAGGUGCACGUGGGCGCGGGGACGAUCCUGCCGUUCGAGGAGGCAGCUGGUGCCUAUAUCCAGCGGCAUUAUCCCGGGGCGGGGGAGACUCAUUACUCCCUGCCCUCGGAUCUCCUCGCCCGGGACGGGGAGGCACGCCGAAGCGAGCCGGGCGGGGACGGCUUGGAGCCUGAUGAUGACGCGGUUGCGGCCGUUUUCGACAGGGCGAAGGAAUUCUGCGGUUCUGCUCCGUCCCUCGUGAUUGCGGAUUUCAAGUUAUGCAAUGCCAUCAAGUCGUCGCUUCCCGUUUGCCUGAAACAGCGGCGAAAGAAACUCUCGGUGGAGUCCGACGUUCUCGGUCUACCGAAAGACGAUCGUAACGUUUUCCUCUUGUGCUCUGGCGGAAACCGGGUUUACGGCAUUUUCUUCGAAAUCAAAAGAACCACCUCGAAAGAAGGAUUCGCGACCGUAUCCAAAAGGAUCAGAGAAGCGAUUCACCAGUGCGAUAGAGACGUCACGACCUUGAAGCUCACCUGUGCAGCUUUCCUGAAUAGCGGUGCUUUUAUUGCUGCCUUCCCUUCCGUUCCGUUCCUGAAGAGAUCGGACUUGCAGACAUUGCACAUGUGCGAUUCCUGUGCACGGAAGGUUUUGACCGGUGACGAUCUGCGAUGUGGAGACGACUUCCGGAAGUUCCUCGAGAAGAACAAUUUCCAGGAAAUGCCCUGCAUCGAGAUGUGCAAUCCCGGCACGAAGACUCUCUAUUGCGAAGCCUUUUCUCUCUGCGCGUGCGCCCACUCCUCCGUCCGAUUCUCGCGCAUGCGCCUCCAGAACACAAAAGCCCGCGAAGAAAGGAACACCCUGUGCAUUCUGACCCCAGAGCAGAAGAGGCUCGUGGACGACAGGUCGUCGUGGCCGCUCCUCAUCGCAGGCGGAUCGGGCACGGGGAAGACCCUCGUCCUCAAGGAGAGAGCAAGGCGACUCGCCGAAGACGGCGUUCGAGUCGUCGUCUUCAGCUUCGCCGGCGAACGUCUCACGAAAAUUCUGCAGGACGAAUUUCGAGAGGACGAGGAGAUCCGAGUCGUCCAGGGUCGAGAGGAAGACCUCUGGAAGUCGAGGAGCGUCCUGGGCUUCCUGAAGCAUCUCUUCCAAAAUGGGAGCCGUUCCCUGGAGGAGGAUUUCGCGGGGUUCUGGAACUUCCUGAAGACGGCGGGAGGGGGGGGGCACGUCCUCGUGGACGACGUCUCCGUCGACCUGGGAUUCCCGGACGUGAGAACCGCGGAAGACCUGGACGCCGAAUGGAGGCUCAUUUCGGGGAUGAAGAGUCACUUCAGGUCCGUCACCAUCGCGUUUCGAACGAACGAUCCGUCUUACUGGGGGGAUCCCAUCCUGCAAGACCUCAUGGCAAAUGGAUCAUACCACAUCGCACUUUUAACUUCCAUGAAAAGGUGCACUAAACGCAUAUCAGAGUUGCUCCUGGCCAUCCAAGACAUCGACAAGUUAUAUUUCACUCCCGAGCGCACCAUCAAGUUGGAAUUGGCCGAACAAGUCGACCAGUGGCUCCCCCGUUUCAUCGUCAUUCCGUCUCAUUGCCGCCACUGGGUCGAUAAGAACUUAUUUUGCCCCUGGUUGGAAAUGGCAUGCGCCAUCGAAGCCAUCUACGAAAAGUACUCGUCGAUGCUGCCGCUGGUCGUCGUGUGCGAGUCCCGUUUUUGGGGCAGCGAGCUCUCCAUCCCGUUCGUCCGCGUCGAGGGGAGGGAGGCGAUCCUCCACAACGGACGGCGGGGGAUGCCGCCCGUCGUCGUCGUCUCCCGCGACGAGAUCCUGGGCUGCCACCUGAGGAACGCGACGGUGGUCGUGGACCUGGACCUGUCGUGGCAGGGGACGAACAAGCUUCGGGUGAUCGCUCCGUCUGGCGAUAACAAGAUCCUCCUGAUCACGAAGAGGGACGCCGCGAUGGGGAAAUUCUCCGACUUGGUGACCGGAAAUAAUCCGUGGAAAAUAAAGAUGCAAACCAUCGACGAUGUCUGCGGAAAAAUGAAAACUCGAAAGCGGGAGAAGGAAGCGGAAAUGUUAUCAUCGAUAACUUUAUCGGAUUUUAAGCCGGCUCCUGUACCCUUCCCUCAGUUGGAAAUGAAUUUCGACGUGUGGGAAGAGGAAGACGAGGCGGACGUGAAGAAGAUUCUUGGAUCUUGGCUCACCGGAAUUUUCGGAUAUCCGGCGUCCGGGAAAUCGAGGAAAGUGGACCGAGCGAUUAAACGGGUCGUGGAGCUUCGGGGCGGAGUUCUUCUGUUGCUCUGCGGAAGCGAAAUCUUCAACGAGCUCAGCCGGCGGCGGUGGAAGUCGCGGGCGAGCGUGGAGGUCGCGCCCUUUCGCGGUGGCGGGAAGGGUUUCCGGUCGCUCCGGGAUGUCGCUGAGAGCGUCUUCGGCGGGUUGAGGGGGUAUUUCGGGAGGGUGAAGAGGGAGGACGUGGUGGGUCCCGUCGUGGUCGUGGUCGAGGACUGUCCGUUGUGGAAGGGGGAAUUUGACGACGUCGAUGCGGUCGUGAAACGAUUGAAGGCGAACGGCGUGAAGGUGAUCCUUUCCUUCAAAUCCCAUUCCGUUCGUGCCUCUGAAAUCUCGGUGGAAAGAGUAAUAAAUGCUCUGGAGGAGAACGAGGGGUCAAUUGCCAUCGCGAUCCGAUCUCAGCCGACGAACCAUCAUCUUCUGGAUUGCUUGAUACAAAACGAGAGUUCCUUUCAUUGGAGUUUGAACUCGACGAGUCUGUGCUUGCUUCCAGAAGCCGUCGAUAUGGUCGAUGGCCCGCCGGUGCAGUACGUCAAAUAUUCCUGUUCGGGGCGUCAUUUAGGGUAUAGCUGCCUCGGAAAGAAUUACUGCGGGAACAAUUUCCUCGUCCUGACUUCCCUCGUGCAGUCACUUCUUCCCGAGUCGGCGGACGACGAUCGGCCCCAAGUGCUCAGGGAGGAAAGAAAAGAAGAAUCCCCUGAAGAAUUCUCUGUGAAGACCUUGUUUGGAAAAUCAACACCAGAAGUAGACAAGGUGCCGGAUGAAGCGUUGUUAGGAGGAAUCCUGCUUGUUGCCCGUGUCCCAUCUGAGGCCAUCCGUUUCAUCCCUAUUGCACCUUAUUUGAACCCUUGGAGUAGAAAUAAUACGUAUGACAUGUGGAUGCCCAUGACAAAGCUGCCCGAGGUGCUUGGAGAAGAUCGAGUCCCCCCUUCCCUCAGGAGAAUCUCAUUCCGAGGGAGUGCGGCAGUGCUAUGGGACUGGCACACAGAACCCUUGCUCCGGGCCCUGGACAUGCAUCUGGCGGGAGCUCUGAGGAAGCACCUACGAGUGUUUCGGCAAGAUCGGGAUCACUCCUCCCUCGAAGGUUCGUUCAGACAUUUCCUGGCCAAAAUUCCUCCGCUGAAGACCUAGAGGAACAAGCAAGAGGGAGCAAGAAAUUGCGACGACAUAGUCUUCCUUGAAAAGCACUUCCAGCGCGUGAUUUUUUCCCCCAGAAUUUGUAACCACACCGUUGAGCAUUCCAAUACCAGCUCAUUCUUUCAACC